AUGCCACGUCUGCGUCCAGAUCGCCUCAUUCUACAGCGACAGAAGCAGGAUAGGCUGUACGAAGAGCGUAUCAGUGCUGCAGUGGAAAACUCAUCGUUGCAGAAACUAGCUGAAUGGGAAAAUAAAGGAGGCCAGCUACAUAGACGUCAAAGAGUGCAUGCGUGCAUCGAGGAGUUGCGGAAGCGCCGGCAACUGUUUCUGCAUCACAGGCGAGCGAAGCUGUCGGAACUACUGAAGAGCGAAGAAGCGAUGUAUGCGAGAGAACUGGAAGAGGGUCGAGAAACGGUCGAGGAGCAGAAUGAGAAGAUGAAGCAGAGAGCGAUGAAAUUGAAGGCGGAGCGGGAGGCGGAAAGGGCUGAGAUGGCGAUGGAAAAAGAGUAA